GAGGAGAGGCGCCUCAAACCUCCAUCACCUCCAUGUUCGCUUAGUUGACGUUUCGCAUUUCCGAUAAGUUAUUUGAAGGAAUAUUUGAAUGAAAGACACCUACUGGAAACUUAUCAGCUGUAUUGAAACUGCCAGAAAAUGCCGAGAGGGCGUGCACCUGAGGUAGUGCUAUUCGCAAGGAGCAGCCAGGAUGGAGAUUCUACUGCUGAUGAUUGGGACGACACUGAACUGCUGAAAGAGUACGACAAAGCAGUUCGGCCUAUUAAGGCCUUGGUGGCAGAGAGGAUGGGAUUAAGCAAUGCUGAAUUACAAGAAGCAUCGGCUACUGAAAGUUGUGCCAGUUCAUCUAAGGAAGCUUCGAAGGGUCAGAAAAGAAAUCAAAAAAAGAGACGUAGAAAAAAUAAAAGCAAACAGCAAAGGGAGUGGGCUGUUGGGGAUCACUGUCAGGCAAUAUUUACUGUGGAUAGCAAUUGGUAUGAAGCAACUAUAGUGUCAAUAGAUAAAGAACAGAUGACCUGUACUGUACAGUAUGUUGGAUAUGGAAAUUCCGAAGAACAGUCUUUAUCUGCACUAGCUCAUUCAAUGGGAGCUGCGGUGAGAAGGGAACAGGGGCGUAUAGCUAAUUUAGAAAAGAACUCCGAAGCAGAAGCCAGUCAGAGUGAUGAUAUCUUUGACCGAUCGUCCCAAGCCAGCUCAACUAUUUCUAAUUCAAGAGAUCAUCCUCCAGCUAGGAGAUCUAAGCUCAAUGUGCCUAAUAAACUAGGAAAUUCGGGCCACACAUCUCACACAAGAGACUUUCAUCCUCCUAAGUUCAGAAAGAUGCCUGGUCACAGCUUCCCAAAUAUCACAGAGUUUACAGCAAACCCAGCAAUUCAUGAUAUGGUACCUCCUCCACUUCCUCCUCACAUCCUGUCAGGUCUUCCAGAGGAUGAUUCAGAGGCCUUAUCUGCAAUGCUCAUGUCAUGGUAUAUGAGUGGAUUCCACACAGGAUAUUAUCAAGGAAUGAAACGAGCUAAAAACUGCACCCCAUCUCAACACUGAUCUUCCACACGCCUGCAGAUUAAAACCUUCUAUUUGUAGUUACAUUCUUAUGCUUCCCUUUACGAGUGCUAGCUUGACUUGUUCUGCUACCUCACAGCCUCAAACAUUACAUCUACUUGACGUUUUGUGUACAUGUUAAGGUAUGUUUUUGGUCCUUUUAGUUGUCGACAUCUAAUCAGUCCAAUAAUAGAUAUUGACACCUGACGAGUAAAAGGUUUUGGGUCUGAUGAAAGUGCUGUUGGUUCAGGAUUUGAUGUGGGUUCCCUAUUAUGCUAAACUGGAACACUAUCUCUAUUCUGUAGACGGCCUUCAGAAAAUGCUUUAAAUAUUCCUUAACCAUGUAUAUGCUCUGUAAAUACUUCAAUUUAAAAUAAAAUUAAAAGAAUGUUCCAAGUACCGUA